CCACCGGUCCAAAAGCAUACCCACAAAACAUAAACACGCCUCAUUCUCUUUCUCUUACUUUUACUGUUUCUUUCUUCCUUCACUCUCAACUUUUCCUUCUCUAAAUCAUUAUAACCUUUUUUUCCCUCUUCUAAUCAAAUCAUUCCUAAAUUAAAUGGAUUUUCAAAACAAAUCUUUUCUCACACUUUUUCUCUUUCUUCUUUUUUCUUCCAUUUUCCCACUCUCUUUCUCAGCUGCUAAUAAACCUCUUCAUGCCGAUAAACUUCACCCUUUUGGCUCCUCAGCUGUUUUUCCUGUUCAUGGGAAUGUUUACCCUCUUGGGUAUUAUACUGUGACCCUCAACAUUGGCUAUCCCCCAAAGCUUUAUGACCUUGACAUUGACUCAGGCAGUGACCUCACUUGGGUUCAGUGUGAUGCACCAUGUAAAGGUUGCACCAAGCCUCAUGAUCAACUUUAUAAACCCAAAAACAACCUUGUGCAAUGUGUGGACCAAUUGUGUGCUGGAGUGCAUUUAACAUCAGAUCAUCACUGUGAUUCCCCAGAUGAUCAGUGUGACUAUGAGGUGGAGUAUGCAGAUCACGGAUCGUCUCUGGGGGUCCUCGUCCGAGACUCCAUUCCCCUUCAACUCACAAAUGGCUCUGUGCUACACCCAAAUAUAGCCUUUGGAUGUGGAUAUGAUCAAAAGUAUUCUGGUUCUGCCUCCCUGCCUUCUACCACAGGAGUCCUCGGCCUUGGCAAUGGCCGAACAAGCAUUUUGUCGCAACUUCACUCUUUAGGUUUGAUUCGAAAUGUAGUAGGCCAUUGCUUAAGUGGUCAAGGAGGAGGGUUUUUAUUCUUUGGAGAUGAUUUCAUUCCCUCGUCAGGAAUUGUUUGGACACCGAUGCUACCUAGUUCUUCAGAAAAACACUAUAGUUUAGGACCGGCAGAGCUUCUUUUCAAUGGAAAACCUACUGCUGUUAAGGGCCUUGAACUUAUUUUCGAUAGCGGAAGCUCUUAUACAUACUUCAAUUCCCAAGCUUAUAACGUAGUUCUUGAUCUGGUUAUUAAUGAUUUAAAGGGAAAACAGUUGAAAAGAGCAACUGAGGAUGCAUCCCUUCCAAUUUGUUGGAAGGGUGCAAAGUCUUUCAAAUCUGUAAGUGAUGUCAAAAACUAUUUCAAGCCCCUGGCAUUGAGAUUCAAAAAAGUCAAGAAUUCGCAUAUGCUAAUUCCACCAGAAGGCUAUCUCAUUGUCACAAAACAUGGAAAUGUUUGCUUGGGGAUUCUUGAUGGCACUGAAAUAGGUCUGGGGUAUCUUAACAUAUUAGGAGAUAUCUCUUUACAAGAUAAAAUGGUAAUUUACGACAACGAGAGACAGCAGAUUGGAUGGAUUUCUUCCAAUUGUGACAGGAUUCCCAAUAUCGAUCGUGACUUUGAUGGUGGUGGUUUUCCACACCCAUAUGCAGCCAAUUUGGGCAUCUUCGAGGACCGGUGCCCUGCAAUUAGCCAAUGAGUUGAGAUAAGUUGGAUAGCAUUUAUAAUUCCACUAUGUACAACAUAUAUACAUAUAGGUUUUUUGUGUCAAUUUACUACAAUGUAAAUGCUUCAUAAGCUACAAUGAAUGAUUUUGUAAAUGAUAUUCCAAAACCAUACAGGCUGCUGAAUUACUAAUCUUUGCUAGAGGACUGUAAUAAGAAUUCAUACUUAGUUAAAACAUCCCAAAUUACGACCAUA